UCAGAGUUUUUAGUGGUACGGUUUUAUGCUUUAAGAACAACCCAGUGUGGUUGACUCCUUUUUUUUUAAAUCUGUGGCAGGAAUGGUGACUCUGAUCUGAAGAACUCGGUCCAGCCAAAUGAACGGGGAGCACUCAUCGCAUCAGGCCCCAAGCAGGGCUGCCUCGUGUGGAGCUCGAGCGCAGCCAGCGGGGUUUCGGCUUCAGCCUGAGAGGAGGAAAAGAGUACAACAUGGGCCUGUACAUCCUGCGGCUCGCUGAGGAGGGGCCUGCGCUCAAAGAUGGGAGGAUACACGUUGGAGAUCAGAUCGUAGAGAUCAACGGCGAGGCCACGCAGGGCAUCACCCACACUCGGGCGAUUGAGCUGAUCCAAGCAGGAGGCACUAAGGUUCACCUGCUGCUCCGACCUGGUCAGGGCCUGGUUCCGGAUCACAGUUCAAAAGACAAACGAGCCAUUCCAACCAACUACCCCAGACUCUCUGCAUCUGACGCCCAGUCAUCUCCGUCCUCCCCCGCCUCUCCCUCCUUCUUUACCUCAGAAAGAUCCCCAUCUUCCCCCAAAUUGUCCACCCCUACAGAUCUCUCUGGAGGAUUGAACUACAGGGAGUCUGAAUCACCGGGGGCUGAACAGGAACACAGACAAGCCAACAGAUCACAAUCCCACAAUCUUAGGCGCACCACCAGCCCUAGUGCCCACACCAGACAGGCUGCCAAGAACGACUCUAAGUCUGGAAGUCUCAGGAGAGCCACUGAAGGCCAGUCAGAUCACAGGGAGCGGUCUCAAAGCCCUCGGAAAAUCGAGCGGAGCCAGAGUGGAUCACUGGAGGACAUGAACAAGGGGAGAAAGGCCCAAGGACAGAGAGACCCCUACUCCUCCGGUGCAAGGAAGGGCUCCAAAAGGGACCAUGAACCGACACUGCAUUCAAGAGACCUGGAAGAGCCUCAGAGCCCCCGGCGCCCAGCUGGCCAACAGCCCGGCGUUUCCACAGGGGAAGCAAAAGAGUGGAAGUCUGUGGAGGAGGAUGCUGCUCACUGGCAGGAGAAGGGAGUUGAAGAGAAUAGAGACAAAAACUGGGGGACUGGCGACCGCCACAGGAAGGGAAGGAGGGCUGGGAAAGAGGCUGCAGUGCCGAAAUCCUACAGGGAGAGGAUGGGGUCAGGCGCCAAUCCCGGUACAGCGACCCAGAGGGAGAGAGCAGACAGAGAUUAUGGAGAGAACAAGCAGCAGGCAGGCGACGUGAGUCGGAAGGAUCCCAGAGGUUCCAGCAGCAUCAUCCAGGACCCCAGCUGCGACGGGACAAACACCAGCAAGAAGGCCCCCAUCACCCCCGGCCCGUGGAAAGUCCCCAGCUCGGCCAAGGUCCAUUCCCAUGUGGAUACAGCUUAUGCAGAUGUAUGAAACCCAGACAAGACCAGAUGAGACCUGAGCCUCUCAGAGAUGGAAGAGCAGAGCGGAAGGAUCCCCCCCCCCCCCCCCCCCCCCCCCCCAACUGGACAGAUAUAACCAGCAACACACCUCAUCAACUGUUCUCUUUAGUUUGUUUCACCCAGUAUGCCUCAGAUGGUUUACAUCAAGCUGCUGAUAUGUGUGUGUGUGUGUGUGUGUGUGUGUGUGUGUGUGUGUGUGUGUGUGUGUGUGUGUGUGUGUGUGUGUGUGUGUGUGUGUGUUAUUUUUUUAAGUCUAUUUCGUGCCAAUCAGAGACUCCGGUUAAGAAGAAGCUCACUGUGAACCAGAUUAGAGGUGAUUGAAUGAAGUGCUCCUCCUCUCCAUCCGAACCACCAGAAGGAACCCGCUUUUUCUCACCUUACAGGAUUACAGGCAUUUUUCUGCACUCUUAGCAGCUUUUAUACGUAGCAAGAAUUAUUCACUGUCGUCUCAAAUGGACCAAAGCAAAGUGGACAACUGUAAACUUAAGAUUUUUUUAAGAACCCGACCAGAGCUGUGACUCGUGAAUGCAACCUUGUGAAGUCAUGUAUGGAAUCUGGGCGGUGCGUCCACCCUGGAGCUUUAUACGUACCAAUGAGCAGACCAGAUACUUGUGCUUCUAAAUUUAAUGUUAAUUACAAUGUUUGUGUUGUGACAAUUAAGCAUAAUGUCCAUUCCAUAAGAAAACAAGCUGUCCUUGCAGAGGCAUCUCCCUUUGGACGUGCACUUGGAUAGAAGCAGACCAUGUAGAUAAGCAUCAAAAAUCCCACCAGAUUAUAACUCAUGAAGUGUAAUCCAUCACGUUGGCUGCACUGUGUGUGUUUACAAGCUGACCGGUAGGCCACACCUUCAACAUAUUGAGCUAGCAUUGAUUAUAUUUAAUUAGAAACAUGCUAUUUAACUAUGUGGCUCCUCACGUAUCGACACAUGUUUUAGAAAAUGAAAUUUAUGGAGUCAGAUUGAUUAAAGGCAAGAAGUCUGUCUUGAUUUACUCAACUUUUAGAGAUUAGUGUUUUUAUUAUAAUUCUAGGCACAAAAACAAAAUUUUCUUCAUUUGAAACCCAAAUUCAAAUAGUUGGUUUAUGGUGUAGUUGUUAAACUUUGCUUCUCUGGGAAUCUGAACACAAAUGUAGCGUUCAUGUUUCUGCUGUGGACUAUGGCGCCGUCUAGUGCACAAACGAGUCAUAGCUUUAACCUGAACUCCUCGUCCACCUGCCUGCUUCCAAACAAGGAUGUUUAUUGUCUUUGAGGCCACUAAAUAACCACGACGGGCCCCUGUGUGACUUACUGUUCAUGUCGUUACCAUGUCCGAUACGGUGGCCUUGCGUUGCUCUGGCAUAUUUAAAAUAGAAGUCAUGGUUUUGACAUCACAGUAGAUGUAAAUGUUUAUAAAGUGUACAGCACCUGUAUAAAUAUUUGCCUUCGUGAAGAAAAACAAACAGAAUCCUCUGUAAAUUGUUUCAUUAUUUUUUUAAGGGAAUUGAGAAGAAAUGAUAUAAGAUGGGUGAAAAGAAAUUAUAUGAUUAUGGCAAAUGUUCAUGCACUGAUAAAUAAAGUUUACUGAAUGAAAGUGAAA